AUGAGUUGUGGCAUUAAGUCUUCAUCUAGCUCUUCUAGAAUUAUUAGUGGUGGGGGUGGUGGUGGUGGUGGUGGAGGAGGAAGAAGAUGUGUUGGGUACUCCUCAGUCUCUUCUAGGAAAUAUACUUCCUCUGGAAGAAGCGGUGGUGGAGGAGGCUUCUCUGGUCGAAGCUACAGUGGUGGAGGUUCUAGGAGCAGUUAUGGAGGGGGAUUUAGCAGUGGCAGUUGUGGAAGGAUUAGCCGUUCCUGUUAUGGAGGGCGAAUAAGUGGGGGAAGCUUUGGACCAAGUGGUGGUGGUAUCUGUGGGGGAUAUGGUGGUGGUGCUGGAGGAUUUGGAGGUGGUGGUGCAGGAUUUGGCGGUGGUUAUGGAGGUGGCCUUGGUCCAUGCGGCUUUGGAGGCAGUGGUGGCUUUAGUGGUGGUAGUUUUGGCGGUGGUGGCUUUAGUGGUGGUAGUUUUGGCGGUGGUGGCUUUAGUGGUGGUAGUUUUGGCGGUGGUGGCUUUAGUGGUGGUAGUUUUGGCGGUGGUGGCUUUAGUGGUGGUAGUUUUGGCGGUGGUGGCUUUAGUGGUGGUAGUUUUGGCGGUGGUGGCUUUAGUGGUGGUAGUUUUGGCGGUGGUGGCUUUAGUGGUGGUAGUUUUGGCGGUGGUGGCUUUAGUGGUGGUAGUUUUGGCGGUGGUGGCUUUAGUGGUGGUAGUUUUGGCGGUGGUGGCUUUAGUGGUGGUAGUUUUGGCGGUGGUGGCUUUAGUGGUGGUAGUUUUGGCGGUGGUGGCUUUAGUGGUGGUAGUUUUGGCGGUGGUGGCUUUAGUGGUGGUAGUUUUGGCGGUGGUGGCUUUAGUGGUGGUAGUUUUGGCGGUGGUGGCUUUAGUGGUGGUAGUUUUGGCGGUGGUGGCUUUAGUGGUGGUAGUUUUGGCGGUGGUGGCUUUAGUGGUGGUAGUUUUGGCGGUGGUGGCUUUAGUGGUGGUAGUUUUGGCGGUGGUGGCUUUAGUGGUGGUAGUUUUGGCGGUGGUGGCUUUAGUGGUGGUAGUUUUGGCGGUGGUGGCUUUAGUGGUGGUAGUUUUGGCGGUGGUGGCUUUAGUGGUGGUAGUUUUGGCGGUGGUGGCUUUAGUGGUGGUAGUUUUGGCGGUGGUGGCUUUAGUGGUGGUAGUUUUGGCGGUGGUGGCUUUAGUGGUGGUAGUUUUGGCGGUGGUGGCUUUAGUGGUGGUAGUUUUGGCGGUGGUGGAUUUAGUGGCGGUAGUUUUGGCGGUGAUGAUACUGGCUUCCUUUCCAACAAUGAAAAGAUGACCAUGCAGAACCUUAACGAACGCCUGGCAUCUUACUUGGACAAGGUGCGACAUUUGGAGGAAGAAAACGCUAACCUUGAACGUCUAAUCAGGGAGUGGUAUCAGAACCACGGUCCUCAAUGUGGAAGAGACUACAGCCAGUAUUAUGGACCAAUUGAAGACCUUCAAAAUCAGAUUAUUUCUGCAACUGUGGAUCUUAACAAGGUCCUUCUGGACAUUGAUAACACUAGGAUGACUGCUGAUGACUUUAGAAUUAAGUAUGAAACUGAAUACAGUCUCCGCCAGAAUGUGGAGGGUGAUAUUAAUGGCUUACGCCCCAUAUUAGACCAGCUGACCUUAGCCAGGUCUGACCUGGAGGCACAAUAUGAGUCCCUGAAGGAGGAAUUGAUUUCUCUGAAAAAGAACCAUGAAGAGGAAAUGAGAGGACUGCAGUCACAGUCUGGUGGUGAUGUCAAUGUGGAGGUCAAUACUACCCCUGACAGUAAUCUGAUGCAAAAACUAAAUGAAAUGCGAUGUGAAUAUGAACAGAUCAUUGAAAACAACCGUAAAGAGGUGGAAAGAUGGUAUGAAACUAAGAUGGAAGAGGUUAAUCAGGAAGUCCACACCAGUGGUCAAGAGAUACAAUCAAGCAACCACCAGGUCUCGGAGCUGAGACGUGACUAUCAGACACUGGAAAUUGAGCUCCAGUCUCAGCUCAGCAUGGUGCAGUCCUUGCAAUCCAACUUGGAGGACACAGAACGCCGUUAUAACAUACAGCUGCAACAGAUCCAGAACACGAUUACCACUGUGGAAGAAGAACUGGCCAAUAUCCGAUGUGAAAUAGAGAGUCAGAACUAUGAAUACAAGAUGCUACUUGACAUCAAGUGCCACCUGGAACAGGAGAUAGCUCAAUACCGGGCAUUGCUUGAGGAAGGACAGCAAGACAUUGGAAACCAACAAGGAGGAAGAGGAGGUGGUGGUGGCUUUUCUUAUGGAGGAAUAAGAGGAGGGAGCAUAGGAGGAGGUGGUAGCAUUGGAGGGGGGACCAUUGGAGGGACCUGCAUUGGAGGAGGCAUAGGAGGAGGUGGCAUUGGAGGGGGCAGCAUUGGAGGAGGCAUAGGAGGGGGCAGCAUCGGAGGGUGUGGAAUAGGAGGAGGUGGUGGUAGUGGAGGCAGUGGCUCCUGUGUUAUUUCAGGGGGAGGAAUAGGAGGAGGUGGUGGAGGAGGAGUUAAAAUUUCAGGAGGUGGUGGUGGAUUUUCCCACUCCUACUCUUCAUCUUCCCAUGGCAUCUCCUCAUCUUCCUAAUACCAGUCUUGCAAGAGCCGUGGAGAAAGCCAUGGGUAUGGAAGAAAAUCCUAACCAGAGAUACUAAUGAUUCUCCAGCUCAGCACUGUUCAAAGAGAAAGUUAAAGUGUGUUGUCUACAUUCUCUGCAUGCCUGAAUAAAGAACAAGGAGAAAAGCUCCUAACAGUUACUUAGCAUGGCUUCUGCAAUCUGUCGCUAGGAGACCAUCACAGCUGUUGAGAUGGGCCACCUUCCUGCCUAUCACACUCUAUGCACUUUCCAUCUGCAAUGCUCUAUGGGUUCAAUCAUUGUUAUCUGAGUUAAGGUGUACCAUGCACAAUAAUCUACCUUUUGGUGAAAAAAAUUCUCUAAUAAAACGUUAUUUCUGUCUAAUGCAACCAGGAA